AUGGUUGCUGUCCGGUGGGCGGCGCUGCUGCUCGCGCUGCUGGUGGCGUGCGGCGGCGCGCGUCCAGGUGCAGCGGCGGGGGGAGGAGCGAGCUGGCUGGGCGGGCUGAGCCGCGCGUCGUUCCCCAAGGGCUUCGUGUUCGGGACGGCGACGUCGGCGUACCAGGUCGAGGGCGCCGCGUCCACCAACGGCCGGGGGCCCUCCACCUGGGACCCAUUCGUGCACACCCCAGGAAAUAUUGUAGGGAAUCAGACUGCAGACGUCGCAGUGGAUCAAUAUCAUCGCUACAGGGAAGAUGUUGACCUCAUGAAAAGUUUAAAUUUUGAUGCCUACCGGUUUUCAAUCUCAUGGUCCAGGAUCUUCCCAGAUGGCGAGGGAAGAGUCAAUCCAGAAGGUGUUGCCUAUUACAACAAUUUGAUAAACUACCUGCUUCAGAAAGGCAUUACUCCAUACGCCAAUCUUUACCACUCCGAUCUUCCUCUUGCACUUCAAAACAAAUAUGGAGGGUGGUUAAACCCCAAGAUGGCGGAACUAUUCACAGACUAUGCCGACUUCUGUUUUAAGACUUUUGGCGAUCGUGUAAAGCAUUGGUUUACAUUCAAUGAGCCAAGGAUAGUAGCACUACUUGGUUAUGAUGGUGGGUUGAUUCCUCCUCAAAGGUGUACCAAAUGUGCUGCUGGUGGGAAUUCAGCAACGGAACCUUAUAUCGUCUCUCAUAAUUUUCUGUUGUCACAUGCUGCUGCAGUGGCAAGAUACCGUAAUAAGUAUCAGGCUGCUCAGAAAGGAAAGGUUGGAAUAGUUCUGGACUUCAAUUGGUACGAAGCUCUCACAAACUCAACUGAAGACCAAGCAGCGGCUCAAAGAGCAAGGGAUUUCCAUGUUGGUUGGUUUGUUGAUCCAUUAAUAAAUGGACAUUAUCCACAGACGAUGCAAGAUAUUGUGAAAGAGAGGCUACCCAAGUUUACUCCUGAGCAAGCUAAAUUGGUGAAGGGCUCAGCGGAUUACAUUGGGAUCAAUCAAUACACAGCUAGCUACAUCAAGGGCCAGAAAUUGCUCCAGCAGAAGCCUACUAGCUACUCAGCUGAUUGGCAGGUUCAAUAUGCUUUAGAACGGAAUGGCAAACCAAUUGGACCACAGGCAAAUUCAAAUUGGCUUUACAUUGUCCCAACGGGGAUGUAUGGUUGUGUGAACUAUCUGAAGCAGAAGUAUGGAAAUCCAACAGUUUUCAUAACUGAGAACGGAAUGGAUCAACCUGGAAACUUGACCCGUGAGCAGUUCUUGCACGACACCACAAGGGUGCAAUUCUACAAAGGCUACCUCGCUGAGCUGAAGAAAGCCAUCGAUGAUGGCGCAAAUGUGGCUGGCUACUUCGCUUGGUCUCUCCUUGAUAACUUCGAGUGGCAGUCAGGUUACACGUCCAAGUUCGGAAUCGUCUACGUCGACUUCAGCACGCCCAAGCUCGAACGACACCCCAAGGCGUCAGCCUACUGGUUCAGAGACAUGCUUCAGAAACACUGA